GAAGGAAUCUGAUUGAACUUGCUGGCUCCCACCCACUCUUCUCCCCUCUUCUUUGGGACAAAUGAGAAGAACCUGUCUCCAAGUGCAGGAUAUCAGGGGUAUACAUGAUAGUAAGAGAUACCUGAUAGUGAAAUGUCCAUCUCGUCCCGUUUUCUGCCUGGGAUGCUGCAAUGUCAAGUGAAAUAAACAUCCAAACUGCCUCUGAUGCAGAGGUAUUUUGGCUUCUGUUGUUGCUGGGAGCUUUCUCUCUGAUGAGCUCUUCCGCCUCUCUGUGUUCCUGAUCUCUGGCUCUUUGCUCUUUUUUUUCCUUGGGCUGGGAUGCGUGCUGUCUGUAAUGCAUCAGGAAGUAAUACGCAAUGAGGAAACUCUCAUCAUCGGUGCAUCAGGGAGAGAAUUAUUGACUGAGUGCUGAGCAGUCAAGCUAUUGAUUCAAACCAUAGCACAGUCUCUCUGUCUGCCGCUUGGAGUGGCUGGUUAUGUCCUUCUGGUUCAUUGCAUUUAAUCGGAUUCUCUGAGCUGCCGCGCAGAGGGGGAAGAGUUCGAACCAGAUCCAUCUAUAAUGUUCACUUCAAAAUCCAGUUCCGUGUCCCCUUCUCCAUCCAUGGAGCAGGCAGAUUCAGAUGCUCUGGACAUCAGCACCAAAGUGCAGCUGUACGGCGUGCUGUGGAAGAGACCCUUUGGGAGACAGUCAGCCAAAUGGUCCAGGAGGUUCUUCAUCAUUAAGGAAAGCUUCCUGCUCUACUAUGCUGAGAGUGAGAAGAAGAGUUUUGAAAGCAAUAAAUACUUCAAUAUCCACCCCAAGGGUGUCAUCCCCCUGGGAGGCUGCAUCGUGGAGCCCAGAGAAGAGCCUAACAUGCCUUAUGCCAUAAAGAUCUCUCAUGACGACUUCCAUGGCAACAUUGUUCUAGCAGCCGAAUCAGAGUUUGAGCAGGCUCAGUGGCUGGAGAUGCUACAGGAGUCUGGAAAAGUGACAUGGAAGAAUGCCCAGCUAGGAGAAGCCAUGAUUGAGAGCCUCGAAGCCCAAGGACUGCAGCUGGCCAAGGAGAAACAGGAGUAUUUAGAUAAGCUAAUGGAAGAAACAGAAGAGUUGUGCCUGCAGAGGGAGCAAAAAGAGGAGCUCGAGCGUCUGAACCAGGUCCUGGAAGCAGAGAAACACCGUUUUGAAGAGGUGGUACAGGAACUGCGACUGGAGCAGGAACAGAUCAGACGGGAGCUAGAGCUCACAGCCCACUCCCUUAAGGGAGUGGAGGAAGAAAAGAAAGGGUUGCGAAGCCUGACACAGUCCUUACAGAAAACCCUAGAGGAUCUCUCCCUGGAAAAGCAACAAAUGCUGGAGAUGCUGCAAGAGAAUGAGAGCCAGCUCCUACCUGCAACCAGCCCCAGCAAAGAACAAAGCCCCAUCUGGGGACUGCACUGCAGCCUGCAACAGAUUGAAGAGAAAAUGCAGCAACUUCUGGAGGAGAAACUCCUGGCAGAGAAGAGGAUGAAGGAGAACGAGGAGCGGUCACGAGCAUUGGAGGAGGAGCGAGAGUUUUACUCUUCCCAGUCACAAGCGCUGCAGAACUCGCUCUCAGAGCUGACUGCAGAGAAACAGCAGGCGGAGAGAGACCUCAAGGCUGAGGUGAAGGUGCGCAUGGACCUGGAGAAGAGAUUGAGAGAAGCUGAGGAAGCACUGCAGAGCUUGGAGCAAGGCUUAAGUUCUCUGGAUUGCAACAAGGAGAAAGAGAAAAAGAUGAAAGCAGAUGUCAGUAACUUGAGAAAGUUCUUUGAAGAGUGCAUCCGCAAUGCUGAGCUGGAGGCCAAGAUGCCUGUGAUCAUGAAGAACUCUGUAUACAUCCACAAGGCUGCCACUCGUCGCAUAAAGAGCUGCCGCUUCCACCGCCGGAGAGCCAGCACUUCAUGGAAUGACUUGAAGCAGUCCCAGUCCUUCAUCAUCUCACAUGCAGAAGCUGAAAACAUUGAGGAGCUGAAAGAAGCAGCCAAAAGACUGAGCCAGGACCAGCAUUUCAGGAAAACUCUGUAUCAGAUCAUGAAGUCACAAAAGGAUUCUGCUUCAGGGGAUGAAAAGUGACUCUUGUUGGGAAGGGGCUUCUGAUAUAAACUUGCCAUUCAGCUCCGCAGAAGUUAUGCCAUUGGGUGCCAGGGUCAGAAGGGAAAUUUGCCCUUUGGAGAAAAUAGGGGAAAGUUGUGUGUAGGCAAUUCCCUCAGUUAGUGUCUUUGCUUUAGUUUGAAUGUUCCCUGUAGCCUGGCAGACUUUCUCUGCUGGUCGCUCCAACUCUUUCUGCUACAGUUGCUUAUGUUAAGCCAUAUUUUGCCAAGAUAUCACGGUCAGUGUUAACGUAAGCCUCAGACCACAGCUUAGAAAGUGCCUCUUUGUUCCUUUCCUGUCCAGUCUGUCUGUCAAAUACAAAUGCUACCAACAAAGUCCUCUAUCAGCCUGUGCUUCAGCUACUGUAAUGUCCCCAGUCAGACACAGCUUACCCUGUUCUGCCCAAUUCCCUCUAGAAAACACCUUGCUGCACCCCCUCAGUCAUCAGCACUUCAGUGGGGCAUGUUUCCUGGCACGUUUCCUGAAGACCACAGUAGCCCCAGCCUCCCAAGCACAGGCAAUAACACCAAACUCAGGGCAAUCUGUUGAUGCUGCAUCAUUUCAAGCAAAAGGUAGGAACAAGAGAUGAAGACAACCUGAAGAUGCUGUGGAUUUGGCUCCAAGAAGAGCCAUGGUUAGAGAAGAGCUCAUAGGUAACUCUGCAGCAGUGACGCAAGCUGGAGGGAGGGUUGCAUUGUGCUCACUGUGGGCAGAACAUCUAGGGGACAUCUUUGCAUUUUUUUUUUGCAUCGGGACAUCUGGCUGUAUCACUGCCAGCAGGAGACAUAGAGCUCUGUGCUGCAGAAGGUGUUAUCUAUAGGCAGAUUCAGGGUGGAGGAGCCUUUGACUCAACUCUGAUGGCUUCCCCAUCGCCUCUGUAAAACAAGCAGGAGGACAGGUUGUGUGACUGUUCAACAACAAAACCCACUACCACUUGGAGAAAUAAACAUUGCCAGCAGCAAGCUAUCAGGACUGUGGAAGUGGGCAAAGUAAUCUCUCUAUGUGCUGCAGUGAAAAGCCUGUGUCCAAGGCUUUGUAAGAUGCUCUACUGGUUAACUUAAUUGCAAUCUAGGUUAUCUUGGUCAAAUUGGAAUCUCUGGCAAGUCAAGGCUGAAUUGGAAGAGUCAUUGUGGACAGCCUUUUCAGAGGUGGGCUUCUGGCUGGCCUCUUACCCUCCCAAGUGCUCACCAUAUGGUUAUUUCAGGUAAGGAUUUGCCCUGCAUGUAGUCAUCUCAUAUGUUACAGGAGAGGCACCACUUUCUUGUGGAAACCUUGCAGCCUCUCUUGCCUUCUUUAAGCAAGCAGCUGGCUAAUAUUUAUCUGUGCUAUAGUGAGGGCACUGCCUGGUGCUUACAGGGCACAUGACAAGCACACUCAGCAUAACACUGUUAUCCUCAUGGUAUAAAUUCAGAAAAAAAUUUGCAAAUGAUGCAAAGGUGAAUGAAGUUAGCAGCAGAGGUACAGUUAGGGCUCAAGGGCUCUUAAGUGCGGAUUUACUGGGGUUUUCAGGGAUGUACCCCUUGCCAGUACCCCUAGGUAUUACUUAUGUCCAGUGACACUGGGGUAGCUGCUUACUUGUCCCAUGCAGACUGUAAUGCUGUUCAGUCCCAGUCUUUGACUUCUGGCCACCUAAGUCAUUCCCUACCAAUUCAGCACUGUUUCUAGGGAGAAAUCAUGGAUGAGGCAGCGAAGGGGAGCCCUGACUUGCCAGCCACAGGAAAGGUGUUGAUACUGUGUAGUGGAGAGUACUGGGAUGGUGUGAUACUCCUGAAGGGAGGUGCUCUGGUGUGACCAGAUGACAAGCACUGAAGGUACAACCUGUACUUUCCACGUCAGGUAGUUACUGACCAGUAUUGGAGCUCUUACAUAAUCAAAGGAUUCAGCACUGAAGGCUGACAUUUUUGUGAUGAUGGGUGAUGUGACAGGGAAAAAAGAAUUUUCAUCCCUCCUUAUCAUGUCUGAUCCUUCUACGUUUUUUCCACUUGUGUGCGCAUACUAGAAAGCCACAAAUGAAUUCUUGCUCCUGGAAGGCUGAAAGGCUGUAAGAAAGCAAUCCAGAGCUGGUUUUCCCCUUUACACUGUCCUCAUAUCACCUCUGGCCCUUUUCCAGUUACCAAGUCUAUAUCAUGUGAUAGUGGAAGGGACAGAGAAAAGGACAGCUAGAGAAUGUAUCUGUAAUUCAGGCAGUUAGGAAAAUCACCCUGUGGCUUGUGAAUACAGCACCUUUGAUCUAUUACCAUCAAAAGCCACAAUAUUGGAUUUUACAAAAGUAUUUUACUCAGGAGGUAGCCACAUUGGGUCUUCCUUUACUGUGCAUAUU